CCUGCGAGCCGCGAUAGCGGAGCAGCGGUGAGGCUGUCCAACAGCUCGCCUCGCCUGUGUGUUCCAUCAAGAUCUGCAACUAUGACUUCGGGUUUCUCAGCCACGCCGCGGAAAGAGGGCAGCUGGACCAAGUUGGUGAUCUUCGUUGCGCUUUAUGCCUUACUCCUGGAAUCGAUCGUGGAAUGGGUGCUUGUGCUCUACCUAUAUGGCAAAGGUUUGGUGGAUUCAAAGAUGACAGUGAGCGUUGUUCUGGCUCUGGUUGCGUCUUUUCUCUCGAUCCCAGUUGCUGGAUUACAAAGUCUUGUUGCCUGGCAGUACAAUAAGAUUGGCGGUUUUGGUACCCAGAAGACGGUGCUACACAAUCUCUGCACCUAUGUCUACCGCCUGGACCUCAUGGCCUGGCUAGCAACAAGCGUAUCCGGCCUCGUCAUCGUCGCUCAGCAGGCCGACUGUCUCCGAGAUGGAACCGACGCCGGCCUGUGGCGAGUUGGUCUUGGUUGUUCGUUACAUCGAGCUUCGGUGGUGGUGUCUGUUGUUUCUUUGGUAACUGUGUGCACUAUCUACUGUGCAAGAGAGCUCUGUGAGCGACCAUACGACAUUUCACUCAUUGGGAUUUACACACGACAGCCGACAUUGCGAGACGACAGCGUCUUUUCCGGGCACAGCUGGGAUAGCGAUGAGACCCUCAAGAACGAGAUCCUGAAUCUAUGCCGCCAACAUGACGGCACAAUCAAGGGAGAGUGGUGGUCGCCGGAUCCUCUGGCAGCCAAAGUGAACUGCCAUCCAAGCAUCCGCCAGCCUGCCCCGGUUCGUCUGCGGCCUCAGCUGCACCUCAACACCGAUCCUGGCUCCGAGUGUGGUGAAAUUGUCCCUUCUGGUACGACCGUGUCGCCCGACGAGAACUUCUCGCAUAUCUCCCUUGGCGGUCAAAGUGCCGUUAGCGAAAUGUACCCGAUCUCACGCACGUCCACCAUUAUGAUAUCGCCAACCGCAUCCGAAUCUCGAGGCUUGAUCUCUGGUCUAACUAGUGUGCCCAAGGUGCCAGCAAUUCCGGAGCAGUACACUACCAAGCACAAGAGGGGAAAGUCUUCCGUCUCAUCCUUCAGACGGUUCUUGCCAAAAGCCUUUCCACUCUUCCUCCCUUUGUCUCUCGACCCUCAGAUCCGCGCUCUAGCCGAUCCCAACGCUGCUUCAGAUGUCGAGAAACAAGUGGCCACACCUUCAAUUGCGCCGCACAGUCGCUCCAGCUCCACGGUGCAUCAGGCUAUCCAGACAUCUUCAGAUACGCCUGCUACUCCAGCUCGAAACGAUGCCGAUUCGAAGGCCCAGCUCCUAACCGCUCUCCCCGACAGCAACGAACGAACCAUGACCAUGAACUCUGCCGACGCCCCAGAGGUUGUGCCCUCCGAGACAAAGCCAACCGUCAAACGAUCCCAAACAGCCUGUCUCGCAGCGCGCUCAAUCCACCACCCCCACCACCCAAACUACAUUCCCGGACACCCAGCCAACCCCCAAACCCAAACCCAACCCACCUUCUCAGCACGAACAUACUCCCUAGCCUGGAGGCACCAGAACGGCACAGUCCAGAUGGACCCAGCCAUGACCCGCAGCAGCACCCGUGCAACAACAGCCUUCUCGUGCUGUCCCAGCCCCCGGAUCCAUCCCCGUCUUCCCGAUGCCUCCCGCUGCAGCUGCCCCCGCCGUAACGACGUCGAGGUCAUCUAUCCAAGCACCCGUAGACCGCGAAGCACCACAUACGGUGCUACAGGAGGUGUCGGCCCGCUGAGCUGUAUCAUGGAGUCAACCUCUACGCCACGCGCCUCGGCGGAUGAGUCCCAGCUUUCGGCCUCUGCCGAUGCGAUGCGCACAUACCGUGGCGCGAACCGCACCAGCUUGGGCUUUUACUAA